AUGGUUGCCAAUCCUGCUCACAAAAUUGUUGAUGGAAUUUCAGUGCUCCCAGCAGCAGCGUGCCCACCCAGACGACGAAGCACCAAUUCUGCGACAAAGCAUGGAAAAUUACUCUCCAUCAUAACACCUCAGAAUGGAAUCUAUGGCCUCACCUUCACAACACGGCGGGUACAAACCACGGUGAACACUUUCAGGUUUCAGCGCGGCCUGGAACGUUGCCGAAGGCAUGAACUCACCCUGAACAUGGUGAUGCACUGCGAUGAGCACUUGCUGCCCGAGCCCAAUAAUACCAUUCGGGAUAGCGAAACAGCGAUGGACACUACGAGAUGGCAUCACCGAAAAUGAGAUACUCGACACGACACCUUUCGUACGUACCUGAAAAGGAUCACUCGUUGAUAGGUGAUACCAGUAGUGGUUU